AUGGCGGAGGGCCAGCAGCAGCCAGCGGCGUCUCAGCCGACUACUCAGACUGCUCAGCAGUCUCAGAGAAUACCUGAUGUCAUUCGCGGAUAUCGUCCCUGCAAGUCCUUCAAAAGCUCCAAGUCGGAGUCCACGUCGAAUUACACCACCUCUCUAGACUUUGAUGACCAGGGCGACUAUGUAGUCGCCGCUGGCGACGACGAGACCAUUCAGAUCUUCGAUGUCAAGGAAGGUAAAUCCACCAAAUCGGUUCCGAGCAAGAAAUACGGUGUCCACCUCGCCCGAUUCACCCAUCACUCUCGUCAGGUACUACACGCCAGUACCAAGGUUGACCAUUCUCUGCGGUUGCUGGACCUUCACAAUGAAGGAUAUGUGCGCUACUUCACAGGUCACACAGACAAGGUCACAUGUCUGGCGAUGUCCCCAGGCAGCGAUGCCUUCAUUUCUUGCUCCAAAGACGACACAGUCACAGUCUGGGAUCUCGGUUCCCGCAACCCACAGGGAAAACUCAAAUUGGCGACCCCAUACCUCGUGGCAUUUGACCCUUCGGCCUCGGUCAUUGCGAUCGCAUCGCAGUCGACCUCCUCUGUCCUCCUCUACGAUUUCCGAAAUUACGAUAAAGCGCCCUUUUCCACCUUUGACCUUGCUCCAUUCGAGGAGAUCUAUGCACCCUCGACUCGCGGACAUGGUUGGACUAAGCUGGAGUUUUCCAAUGAUGGAAAGUUCCUAAUGGUUGGAACCGACUACCCUGGACAUUACAUACUGGAUGCCUAUGACGGUGCAGUCAAGGCUUUCUUGUCCGGAAAAAGUGGAUCACCUGGCCGUGCUGCCCCAGUAUCGACCACGGGCAAGCCUUUGGGUCAAGGUGACGCGUGCUUCACCCCCGAUGGACGGUUUGUGAUUGGCGGCAAUGGCGAGCAGCAAGACGUGCUGGUGUGGGACCUCAAUGAUGUACGAGAGGGACAACACAACAAUGCUGCACUACAACCCACAACCAAAUUGCCUCACCGAGGUCGGACCGCUCUCAUUGAGUAUAACCCGCGGUACAACAUGAUCGCUACUGCAGACAAGGACAUCGUGUUCUGGCUUCCUGAUGAACCGGCCAGGCCGGCCGACAAGUAG